AUGCGCUUCGCCAGCGACGGCGGCUACGUGCCGGACGGUGACACGCAACAGGCGCUGCAGCUCGCCGACCGGCUCACGGAGGAGGAGUGGCGCUGCGUCGUUGAGUUUGGCCGUCCGCGGCGGGUGCGACAGGCGCUUGUGUGGCUACUGCGGGUGACUUUCAACUCCUCUGCGCGGAGCGCCGCGGUGUGGCUAACACGCUGCCUAAGCAGCUGUGCGGGGUUCCUGCUUGAGGCGCUCUGCGAUGUUGUGAUGAGCGUCACCGAUAAUGAGGUUCGUGUUUGCUCUCGCAGCGCUGAGAGUGCGAAGAAGCAACAUCGCCAGAAUACGGAGCAGCAGGAAGAGGAGGGUGCACCGUUGCUGCAGCUCUGCGCAGCUUUGGGGAAUGUGCUGCGCCGCCUUGGGCAUGUUCCGCAGUGGCCGUCGCUGCUUCAGCGCGCCGUGCACUGGCUGCUGCUCACCCACGCAGAAGAAAAAGUCGCUUCGGCAGUGCGGCCGUCUCUGCUGCAGCGGCGGCUCAUGCAGCUGGUAAUGGAAUUCCUCGCAUGUGAGGAAGGCGUCUACUCGCUCCUCCGUCGUACUCUCCUGCAGCCGGGUGAGGUGCAACAAGAUCAACAAGAAGAACAGCAGCAACAGGUAAGGCGGGCAGGCCGCAAAAGCGGCAGGGAUAAAGACGAUGUGAAUGACGCCUUUGUGCAAGCGAUUGGUGUGCCAUUCAUCCCAUCUGUAGCCAUGCUGCACGCCGCACAGAGUGGUGUGAGCAUCAAUGAUGACGAGGAGGAGGAGGAGGAGGAGGAAAGAGGCGGCGACAGCGAAGCGGCGGCAAGGCGGACUGUGGCUGUGUGCACUCUUCUUGCUCGCCGCAUUUUCUCGAAGGAGUUUGCCCUGCUCCUCGUGCGUUACUGUGGCACGGAUGAGGCAGCAAAAGCAGCAGCAACAAAAACCACCGAGGCGUGCGCGGCGAGCGUGUUGUGGCAGCUGUACUCCAUCGCAUUGACGGUGUGUCGCAAUGAGAGGGCGACACAUGAUUCUCCAUCCACCGCACACAUCUUCGUGUUGGCCGUUGUGGACGCCAUGCGCCGCUCCUGCAAGAGGGGUGAUUAUGCGGCGGUGUCGACAUUCCUCAGCGUGGCGAAUGGUGGGCAUGUCGUGUUUGCCGGCGCGGCACGUAAGCCGGCGUCCAUUGAGGCCACACUUAAGCGACAGCGCCAUGAAAAGAAGAAGGGGGAGGGGGAGGAGGAGGAGGAGCCGUCUUCAGCGGCAGCAGUAACGGCUGAAGCAAAUACUAACAAUGACAGGAGCGACGAGAGAGGGACGGCGGGAGAGGAGGCGCGGAUCCAUGAAGUGGCAACGCGAUGGAUGGACCUCCUCGCUGCGCUGUUCCUGCAGGUGGUGCAGAGCCUCGCCACCGGAGUGGAUGCACCGCUGCUGCGCGCCUUUACUGCUCUCUACAUGUCCCUUGAGAAGGUGCGUGGCUCAACGACGAUGCUGCUGCCAGCACAAUCCGGUGAGGAGUUUGCAACCAGAGACAAUCGUAAAAGGCCGCAGCAGCACGGGCGACGGGAGGAGGGUCUCGUUAGCCUCGCUCUGGCCGCCAUUGCCGCGCCCCGUCCGCCAUCUGCUGCCGGUCCAGGAUUGCGUGAGCUCUUCGACCCAUCAGACCACGAGGCGCGGCGACGCAGUCUCGCCACACUCGUGCGGUUGCUGACCUCGACGGAGGAGUCUGCGAUGCAGAUCCUGUGGGUGCUGUUCGUAGUGCACGAGGAGCGUCGGCUCUUCGCGUCGGGCGGCGACCGCGACACGAGUAGCGGGAGUGGCUGGCUGUCCCUUCUGCUCAGCAGCUUCGACCCGCGGCAGAAGUACACCACCUCCGAUGAGGCCAUGCAGCAACUGCUCGACACAGUAGAACGAGGAGCAGCAGCGACGACAGAAGAAGCACAACGCAACAGCCGCAUGUUUACUCUCGCUACGCUGCAACGUGGUGAGGCGGCGUGCUGCACGGACGCGGUGACACAGUGGCUGCUUCUGCAGCUACGUGUCAUGCCAUCGAUACUGCGCGCCUUUCCCACCGACGCCGCACCGGCGUUGCUGCAGCAGUACAUGCACGCCCUCUUGCACGAGGCUGUGAAGUUCUCAGUGCCCUCUUCCGCUUCAGGGUUAUCUCCAUGUUGCUGGGGUCGGCACGAGCAGCUGCUCACGACUGCCAGCACGGCGCUUCAGCAACUCAGCGCGGUGCCGUACAUGCGGUUCAGCGUGUGGCGCGGCGAUGUGAAGCGGCUGCUCGUUGCGAGUGGCGCCAGCCCCCUCCUUGCCAGCGGUGCGGCGGCGCCACUUUGGUGCCGCGUACUGGAGCUGUGCGCCCUGCCGCUUCCUGCGCUGCACGACGACUGCGCCUUCGUUGAUCACGAGUUGUACUUCCUCCACAGACUGCUGAACGGCACCGGUGUCACGGCUCGCCGAGACGACGCUGCGCAGCGCGGGGAGAGCGAAGAGAAGUUGCUGUUGUGUAUACUGCGACUGCUCGCGCGCACGCUGCUGCCGCUUGGUGUGCUGUGGCGGCGCCCGCACCUUUUGCCAGCGUUGCUGUCGUCAGUGCUUGUUCGCUGCCUCGACGGCGUCGCGCGUGGGCGCUGCGGCCGCGUUGUGCUGAACCAGCUGUCGUCGUUCUUCUACCAAUUCGUGAAGGAUGCGACCAGCAGCGACAAGGGAAGCAGCAGCAGCAGUAGCAGCUCCGCAGCGCAUGCCUCGUCGUCGGUGAAGGCGCUGUGUCUGGCCUCCGUCACGACAUGCCUGUUCCGCCUCUCGGCUUCCUACGUGGAUGUCUUCACGACGCACAGCAGCGACUUGGACUUCCUCGCCGCGGAUUUCCUCAAGGCGCUGCAGCGUCUUCACCUGCCGCGCCGCCGCACCCCCUCCAUCCUGCAGCAGAAACAAGGCAGCAGCAGCAAUAAUAACUGGUCCGACGCGACGCUGUGCGACCUCAGCUACGCGUGUGUCGGCAACGACGACAGCCAGAGUCUCCUGCGGCAGGCGGCGGAGCGUGUGGAGGAGGACGAGGGCAACGGCGAACGACGGAUCUUCAUGGUGCCCAGUUGA